AUGCGCUGGAUUCUCUUCUGUCUCUUUGUGGCCUUGGCUGCAAGCGAGGGCAUGAAUUAUGAGCCCACCUUAAACCCCCAAAAGACAUAUGAAUAUAAAUAUGAAGGCAUGGUGAAUAUUGGGCGUGAUACACCUGGCCUGGCUGAGUCUGGAGUAAAACUAAAGUGCAACUUUAAAAUCACUGGAGUAUCAAUACAAACGUUUCUAUUUCAGAUCACCAAUGUAGCGUUUGAAGAGUUUAAUGGCAUCCCAGGAGAGGACUCUUUCAAAAUCUCACCAAAUCUUACCAAACAUUUGGCAGCCGUACUCACCAAACCCUUCACUUUUGAAUACGCUAAAGGACAAAUCACUGAUAUUAAAACCUCGCCUGACGUCUCCAACACCAUUGUGAACGUAGUGCGAGGUAUUCUGAAGUUCCUGCAUGUUACAGUCAAAACCACGCAGCAGAUCUAUGAGCUUGAUGAGGCGGGAAUUCAUGGCAUCUGUCACAGUGCUUAUUUUAUUGAAGAGAAUGCAGCAGAUGAGGAAUUAUACGUGACUCAAAACAUCGAUAUUAAGAACUGCCAUCUAAAAGCAGAAAUAUACCAAGGAAUGGCACUGGCUCAAGAAAGUAAAAUGAUUAGAGAGAGAGGUGAAAAUAUAGCUGCUACUGUGAAAUAUUCAUAUACCGUGAAGUCUACAGGAAGUGGUGGUCUCAUUACAAAAGCGUCUGCACAUGAAAGGCACUACUUCUCUCCAUUCAAUGUGAAGGGUGGCAACUGUAAACUGAAAGCAGUCUGGAACAUUGAGCUGCUCAAACAGACGGACAUUUCUGGCAAACCCGUAACAGGUCAGGUAAAAAGCAGAGGAAAUCUGAUCUACAAGGCAGAGAAAGGUCUAGGGCCAAUGCCAAUUCUGAUGAUCAGUCUAACUAACCCAGCUCCUAAGAUUGUAGAUUUGGUCAAACGUUUGGCUCAGGCUCAUAUCUACCAGGUGAAUGCUGCCACAAGCGCUGAGGUUCUCGAGCUGAUUCAAUUGCUUCGUGCAACUAGUUAUGAAGAUCUGGAGCUUUUGUGGAAACAGCUAUCAGGAAAUGAUGAGCACAGGAGAUGGUUUCUGGAUACAGUUGUUGAAGUAACAGAUGGGAGAGUACUCAAGUUCCUGAAGAACAGAUUCAAAGCUGGAGACAUUUCUGCAAAUGAGGCUGGACAAGCAGUUCUUGUGGCUUUCAACCAUCUAGCUGCUGAAUCUGAAUUAGUAGAAAUGGCAAAGGAGUUUUUGACCAUCCCGUUUAGUAAGUCCCAUGUAAUGCUAUGGAACACUGUGGUCCUUUCAUACAGUUCUCUGGUAUACAGACUGUGUGAUCGUGUGAAUCCCUGCCCGGUCCUGGCAGUGCAGCCGCUGCUCGAUAUGGCCACUAAUGGACUCACUAAAGGCAUUGAUGAAGACAUGGUGAUUGCUCUGAAGGCCUUGGGAAAUGCCGGACAUCCAUUAAGCCUUAAGACUAUAAUGAAGUUCCUUCCUGGAUUCUCUGUCAAAGCUGAUAGCCUCCCCACUAGGGUCCAGAGUGUGGCUGUGCAGUCCCUCCGACACCUCGCCAUCAGAGAUCCACAUAAUGUCCAGGAUAUUGCCCUAACCGUAUUUACACAAAGGACGGCUGCUGUUGAAAUCAGAAUGUUAGCGUCUGUGAUCUUUCUGGAGACCAAGCCAUCUCUAGCUCUGAUCUCCACACUGACCGAGCUUCUGCUUAAGGAAACAGACCUCCAAGUCACAAGUUUCGUUUACUCACAACUCAGAGGCAUUGCGAGGUCACGCGUCCCUGAUGAUCGUUACCUCUCAACUGUUUGUAACAUCGCAGUAAAAAUACUGUCACGGAAGUUUGGCAGGCUGAGUUAUGGAUUAAGUAAUGCGCUACGUUUUGACUGGUUCAGAGAUGACCUUUUGAUGGGCUCAACCAGAGCGCUGUAUCUGCUGAAAAAUGGUACCAGUGUCUUACCCACAGAAAUCAUUUCAAAUGGAAAGCUUUACUUCAUUGGAAAAGUAUUUCAACUGCUUGAUCUUGGGGUUCGUGCAGAGGGACUCAAAGAGUUAUUCGUAGAUAGACCUGGCAUUUCCAAGGAUUUUGGAGUUACUGAUUUUGCAGCUAUUAUGAAAAUUCUUUCAGAUUGGCAGUCGCUCCCUAAAAAUAAACCCCUUUUAUCAGUGUUUUUGAGAUUCCUCGGCCAAGAGCUUUCGUUUUUCGACUUAAAUCAAGAUGUUGUUCAAAGAAUCCUGAAAUCUGUGAGUCUUACUGCAAAUAAAGACAAUAAACUGUGGGAUCUUAUUCAACAACUACAAAAAGGACUAUCCUGGCACUGGACAAAACCGUUCCUUAUGUUCGAAACCAGAUUUGUUCAGCCAACUUGUCUGGGCCUUCCAGUUGAAAUCAGCAAAUAUUAUUCCACAUUAACAGCUGUUACUGUAAACGCCAAAGCUAACAUUGACCCAUCUCCAAAGGAAACCUUACAGGAAAUGAUAAACGCGGAUGUUUCUGUAGAAACCGACGGAUUUGCUGGAGUGGCAAUGGAUUAUUUCACUUUCCAUGGGAUCAGUACAGAGCUUUUUCAGUCCGGCGUCCAGCUGACUGGCAAGACCACCAUGUCUUUACCCUGGAAAGCUGGCUUGAAAAAUAACGUAAAGGAAAAGAAUUACGAAGUCGCUUUUCCUCCAUGCAAAAAAACGACAGAGUUCUUCAAACUCAAAUUCGACGUAUAUGCGGUGUCAAGGAACAUCGACGAUCCGUCCUCGGCUAAAAUGACUCCUGUGAUACCUGAGAACAGAGAUCCUGAGCAACGUUUCACCAAGAAAGAGUAUCAGGUAGAACCGCUGGAGAUCUACCAACCAAAACUGAAGUACUGUGCAGAAUUAAGCUCUUACGGAGCUGCAGUAUGCACUGAACUGGAAGCUACACGAGUCCAAAAUGCUAAAGACCACCCUCUUUACUAUUUCUUGGGAAACACUCACUUUGCAUGUCAACUUGAACCAGUCAGGCCUUUGAAGCCUGUAGAAAAGAUCAAAAUCCAGAUCAGUGCUGGGACUCAUAAACACGUUUCACACUACAGACCAGUGAUGAGUGUCAAUCAAGAGAAAUUCAAGAUGUAGGGUAUUGAUGUCACUCCUGAUCCUGUGAUCAUCGUGAAAGCGCUGGCUCUCAGUGCUAAUGUGAAGCCGCUGGGUUAUGAGGCCAUGGUGUAUUACACACCGGACACACAGAAGGAUGAGAUGGAAAUCAUUAUAUCUGAAGCUGCUGAAGAGGCCAACUGGAAAAUAUGCGUCGACGCUGAUAUCGACAAGAUUCAAACAGGAGCAAAGACCCACUUCAAAUGGGGAGCUGAGUGUCAGUCAUAUGAAGUAGCACUAAAAGUUUCCACCAAAGGAGAAUCAAAGCCCAGAAUGAUUGCAGAAAUGACCUGGGGGGAUGUUCCGGAAUUGCUCCGAACGUUCGGACUAAGUGUUCAGCAGUACUUCCCUGGAGUGUCCUAUGCCUGGGGGUUCAGUCAGAAACAUGAGAAAAAUACCCAAUGUGAAGUUUCUGCUACGCUUCUGCCUUCGGCUCAGGGAGGAUUUGAUCUGGAGGUUAAGAUUCCUGAGCUAACGGUGUAUCGGCAGGGAAUCUCCUCGCUAUUUGAUUACGUGGGAAUUGAAAGUGAAGCAACAUGUCCAGUAUAA